AUGUCAUUCGAGUACUUGCCUGUAGCUGAAGAUGAAAACGAAGAACCCAUAGAACUUCCAGUCGAAGAUGAUGGGACUUUGAUGUUAACAACUGUGUCUGCGCAAUUUCCAGGAUGUUGUGGACUAAAAUAUCGACAUCCCGAUACGAAAACAUUUAGAGGUAUCAGAUUAAGAGACGGUAGAUUAUACCCUCCACCAGAAGGUUGGGGUAAUCAUUUAUACAUCUGCAGCUUUCCGAAAGAAAAUAAAAGAAAAUCAGGCGAGAGCUCGGAAAAUGCUAUGCUAAAGAAUAAGCGAAACGAUAACCUGUGUUCUGAUUUAAUUGUAUUAGGAUUACCUUGGAAAGCGACAGAACAGACGGUGCGUGAAUAUUUUGAGAAAUUUGGAGAAGUACUCAUGGCACAGCUAAAACGAGAUCCAAAGACUGGUAUGUCAAAAGGAUUUGCUUUUAUUCGUUUUUCAUCAUAUACAUCACAAAUGAGAGUACUGGCACAGAGACAUAUGAUUGAUGGACGAUGGUGUGAUGUGCGGAUACCAAAUUCCAAAGAAGGAUCUAUCACAUCAAUGCCUUGCAAGGUAUUUGUAGGUCGUUGUACUGAAGAUUUAACAGCAAAUGAUCUUAGAGAGUAUUUUUCCCAAUUUGGUGAAGUAACUGAUGUUUUUAUCCCGAAGCCAUUUCGUGCAUUCAGUUUUAUAACUUUUCUUGAUCCUGAAGUGGCACAAAGUCUGUGUGGUCAAGAUCAUAUUAUAAAAGGAGUGUCUGUCAAUGUUUCUAAUGCAUCUCCAAAGCAAAACAAAAGUAGUUCUAACCAACGGAAUUUACCAAGUCGAAACUAUGAAGAGAGUCAUCACAAUGCAUCUAAUAACAAUUCUUGGAGCAGCCGUAACAUGGAUAUGGUAAACAUGCAGGCGUUAGGGCUGUCUGGGCAACAUGGUCAGACACCAGUUGCUGGGGGUGGAGGUCAAGGUCAGGGUGGCAGCAUGCCCAUUGGAAUGGGUGGGUUACCUGUAAACCAGGCGCUGGUGGCAGCGGCACUAAACCAAGCAGCCGGAUGGGGCCUCAUUAACAACAUACCAUCAGGUGGCUCAGAGCAAGGGGCCUUUGCAGGACCAGCGUCUACAGCUCCACCUGCUCCACCAAAUUUUUUGUCAUGGAUGCAACAAGGUAAUUCUGCUCAGGGACCUUCUAGUCAGUGGGGACAAAGACACCAAUCCCAAGGCCACUCUGUUUGA